UAGUUAAUGAAAUAAUUGUACUCCUCUCAACCAAUCAGCAUCCAGUAAUUUUGUCAUGCUAAUAAUAAGUUAUAUAACUAGGUUGCAUGCGACAGUUUUAGUUAGGCAAAAGUUGUAUAGUAUAAAUCGGCCUUCAUAAUGCUUGUAGCGUGAGUUUAAAUUAAAAACAAACUAACAGAACAAUUCUGUAUACUUAUCUCUCAUAAUAUAUUGUUUGCAUGAGCAUCUUUGUUGUGGGAGGGGGGGGGGGCCUUCUCAAUAAUUUCUGUAGGCGGGUGGGCUAAUAGAGAACUGUGGGCCUAAUGAAUUUCUUCUCAGGCCAGAGGCAGUGAGUGAGCUCAUUAGAUAGGGGGUACUUAUUUUACAGGGGUGUGAUAGAGGAUUUUAUACCGUUAGUGUUUAUGAGUGUAAUUAUUCAACUUGAAGUGCUCUUAUAUAUUUUGCUUCGGUUGCAAUAUUCCCUGGUAAUGACCAUAUUUGUUUCUUUGUUUCAACCAUGGUCAGUUAAACACGACAGCUUAAAUUAAAGCUAUAAAAUUCCACUUAUUUCCGAAAGGCACUUGAGCCAUAAAGUUCCUACUGUUGAAUAUGCAAAACAAUUUUGAUCUUCAUUUUUGCAAAUAAAUUAAUAUACCAUGUUGGAGUAAUAGAAUAUUUAUUUAUAUAGGGUUCUUUAAAAUAAUGUAGAACGGAGUGGCAAUAAAAUAUUUCUGUUUUCAAUAGUUAUUUGGCCAGAAUUUGCAUUGUUUGACUACAAAAACAUCGCACAGGCACACAGGCAAGCUUAAACCGGCCCAUAGUAACCGGAAAAUAGCGUUUCCGGUGCAUACCAAAUUUGGAAUGUUGCCUGCUUGUGGUCUUUCCCCUCAUUUCAAAUACGUUGUGACUGAUAUUGCUUUCUAUAUUUUUUCAAUCUUGGCAUUUCGUGGAUAAUAUUUGGCCUUCGUGGCUGUUUAAAUUGAAGGUAAUAGAAUUACGUUUCUUAUUUGUAUGUGGUUGAUACUUGUUGCUACACACGGCGCCAGAAUCGUUGCUUGUUGACCUGAUCUUUUGAUCAAAAUAUUACAAGCAAAUAUGGCAGCUUGAAAAUACAUGUCUAAUAAGUUAUUACUCAAAAUUAUUGCUUUGUUUUUGUCACGCUACAUUAUGGCGUUUGAAAUCUAUUAAAGACUAGUUUUUCUAAGCUUUCUGUACAAAAGGGCUUAAUACUCAGAAAAGAUUAAAGAUAUUAUAAAGGGACAAAUUUAGAAGAUUCUAAAAUAGAAUUUUGUACCGGAGAAUCUGUUUAUACUGGGAAAUUAUUUUACUCUCGUUGCGUUCUUUCGUACUAGAGGCAUCACUUUAAUAUUACAAGACGUUAUUCCUUGUCCGUUUUUGUUUUAAAAAGACAGGAAUAAAUACAAUUUCACCAAAUUUUGGAGAUUUAUCAAUUUGUGUUUGUUUUAAAAUGUUGACAAAAUGUUUAUGGAUGUUUUGAUUUUGAAGUAUUUUGCAUGGGAAGCAUCUCAUGUUAAUAAUCUCAUGCAAAAUUGUGUUUGAGCAUAUAGCUACAGUGUGAGGUCAAAUAGACUGCACGGUUUAUAGUGCACUCUUACUGGCAUGUGGGUUAAUUUAAUAGAUAGGUUUGUGAUUGUGCUCAAGGUAAAAGAGAACUGAAAGCAGUCAAACAUUGAAACAAGACUAUUGGGGCAAAAGUGUGAUAAACAAAAGUGUGAUAAAAAGUUUAUUAACCCAUUGAGUGCCAGUACUCUCUUGACGAGUAAAAUUGUAUGUUGCUAUAGACACUAAAGACAGCGUAAAAUGAUAAAGUGGGACACAUUGGCAUGCCAUGCAACUUAAUGGAUUAACUGGAAACAUGAGCAGAUAGUCUGAUUAACCCAUUUAGCGCCAGAGCUCUCCCUUGACAAGUAAAAUUGCCUGGCAUUAGACAGAGUAAAAUGAUAAAUACUUAGGGCAAUUGGGGCACAAUGCAACUAGGUAAUAGUCACCCCCUAAUAAUGAUAAUAGUGAGGACACAGUGAGAACAACACAUGUAUAAGAACAUCAAAGCAUUCUGCUUGUUUAUCAUUGUGUUCUGCUUGCUAAUGCUUGCGUUGUAGUGAGGACAAGGCUUAAACCAAGAUCUAUUAGUCUAUGUAUUUUCCAGAUUAUCUUUGUCUCUCUAAUAUUACAAGUUGCAUAAUUGUGUUCUUUGAUGUACUAGCAGCAAUAGUACUGUACUGUAUUUCAAAUAUGUCAUUGUAUUGCUUUUUUAGCAGAUAUGGCAAGAUCUUAUUCACCGAAGCUGGACAAGUCAACAUCAAGGCAGCCUACAUACAAUUAUGUGGACUAUACUGAUGUUGCUCAUUUCAGAGCACUUGGACAGUCAAUAAAUUGCUUCAGGGAGAAUGAUGAAUUGUGUGAUGUGACCUUGCUUGUAGAGGGGCAGAAAAUUCGAGCCCAUAAAAUCAUUCUUGCAGCAGCUAGCCCAUAUUUCAAGGCUAUGUUUACAGGUAGAAAUUGUGGUAUUCUAGUACUUAUAAAGCCUUAUACUUAAAAAGACUAAAUUUUUUCAACUCAAAAAAGUCUUGCUUGCUUGCUCCCUUUGAUGCCUUAGCAACAACCAUUUUCACAUUCUGUCUUUAUCCUUUAGUACAGUAUAUAUUUUGAUGUUCAUUAUUGUUCUGACAUCACUGUGUCAUCACACAAAUAAAACAUUUUGCAGGGCAGUGUGGUUUCCUCAAAGCUUAGGUGUUUAGAAAAAGACUCGGGAAAAUUUAAGACUCUGAACAAAUUCUGACAUUGGUUUGAAAUGGCAACAUAUAGAGAAUAAAAUAGCGAUAUACAACAUCAAAGUCGUCAAUAACAGCAACAAUUAAGAAGGAAAAAAACAAUAGCAAAAUUUUGAAGUGACAUGGAAACCCGCCAAACUUCUACAGUGACAUUACUGUAUAUAUAGUUUUAAAAAUUUGUUGAGUGACACACAUACCUGCCAAAAGGAGAUCUUAAAUUAAAAUCUAAACCUAAUUAGCACAUGGUCGUAGUGAACAGUUUACAGUAUUAGGUUGUGUUGUAAUAUUUUAAAACAACCAUGAUAGUGGCAAUUUGAAAUGAAUUAUUUUAUUAAACAUGCAGUCAAGUUAUUCUGUAAUACUUUAGAUGUACCAUACUGUAUAAAUCUAAUUUUUUAUACAGUGUAUAUAGCAGUGCAGGCACUAUAUAUAGUAUAUACACAGUAUCACUGUAUUAAUUAAUAAUGCAUAUAAUUAACUCCCAUUGGUUUAGGUGGUCUUUCAGAAUGCAAUAAAACUUGCAUCUCUAUACAUCAGAUGGAUGGAAAAAGUCUACAACAGAUUAUCCAAUUCUUUUAUACGGCCAAAGUGGACAUCAACCAGAAAAACGUUCAGGAACUUUUAUCUACUGCAAGUUUGUUACAGGUACAAAAUGUACUUGAUGCCUGCUGUGAGUUCAUGAGAAGGCAACUCACUGAUGAAAAUUGUUUGGGUAAGUAGUAUUUAACACUAAGGAUAUGACUAACUCAUGGGCGUUUGUUGCGGGUUAAGGUAAAUGUUAGGGUUCCCAAUCCCGUUCCUGGUAACAAUACUAUAAAACGUUGAUGGGCAGUUUAAAAUUAGAAUUGUAAUACAAAUUUUUGAUAUGAUACCACAGUUCUGUGAGAUCCAUAAUAUAUUCUCAUAAUGGUAUUUUGUUUCAACUGUGCAAAUACCAUAUUUGACAAGGAAGACUUCCAGGAUAUUUAUCAAUAUUUUUAUUGAUGAAUCAUGUCCCUUUUUUGUGAUACAAAUAAGAUCAACUGAUCUACCCACAUUUGAGAGUAAUGUUUUGUUUAUAGUACAUUUGGAUAAUUUUCUUGACAUGCAUACCAUAUUUACUUGUUUAAGCGCUGCCCCUGAUUGAGCAAUGCGUAUGAGAGCAAAAUUAUUAAAGAGCGCCGCCCUCGAAUAAGUGCCACACUUAUUCACAACCAUGUGGCGCUUAAUCGAAGCACCAUCUGAGAAAUUGGUUGUGACGCCCAAACAUGGAAGUAGGCUGUUGUGGUAUAUCGAUAGUUAUCGUUUUUUGUAUCUGCGAAGCAGAUAUAUAUGCAAUCGCAAACGUACCGUACAGUACCAUGUGUUAACAGAUGCAGGGUUCGAAAUAACAGUUCGUGAAUCACGAAUCAAUUUUCAUUUUUCACGAACCCAAUUUCAUAGAAAUUGAUCAAAAUCACGAAUCAAAAGUCUCUCAAACUGAUAAAAAAUACAAUAAUAAAUCCAGUUCUUUGUAAAUGUGAUGAAGGAUCAUACAUUCUGAAGAUAUUCUUGUUAGAUUGUACUUAAAAACAAUUAUAAUUCCACCCAAAAUUAUAUUUCUUUGCAAGUUUGCGAUGUACUGUAUAUUUACAUAUUUGAAAAUUGCAGUGCUUCCACUUUCUAACUUUCAAUUAGAGAAAAUUCCUUGAAAAUUCCUUAAAAUUUCCUUAAAAUAAAAAAAUUAAUUCACGAACCAUUUUUUCAGAAUUAAUUCGAACCCUGAGAUAGCGACGGACUUAUAUAAUUUAAGACAAUUUAAGCCAAUCAGCGAUUCGUUUACAUCAAUUUUUUACAUUGUGACUGCAUCUAACCUGCGAACAGGCAUACUUUAGCCUCGUCAGGCCUCGUGUAUAAAUCGUGUUUAUAUUCUUUCAAAAAUAUCUUGAUAUUUUUAUCAAUUUAUCUUGAAUCGGCAUUCUACAGUACUUGUGAUAUUAUUCCGAAGUUAUUUAUCAACAUGGAAUCUUAUCCUCAUCUGGUAAGUAGCCAAAUACCACAUAUUAUAUAUUUAAAUACCAAAUUUGUGCAAAUAUAUGUUCCACAUAUUUUAUAAUACAUGAGUUCGCCAGUUCGGCAAAUAUUUACUAUACUGUCUAUAGUUAAUGUUGCCGUAUCUUCGGCGUAGAGUUUACAUGGAAUGCACUCUGGAAUUUUUUAUUAAUAUAUUACACUGUAUAAAAUAUUGGAUAUUUUCGAGGAUAUUUUAAGCCAUUUGUCAACAUAGUUCACAAAAAGAUUUAUACAGUAUUAAAAACAAUCCUUCUGUGACUUCUGUAAUAUUUUAAACAGUGAAAACAUAGCAGGCAAUAUUGCCAAUUAACAAUAUCAAAGGAACCUAUUGGACAGUUCUCAGGAGAUAUUGAAUUAAAUCCUGGUCUUGUAUUUCUGUAUAUUGACUCCAUAACUCUGUUCAAAACAACAGUCCAACUAUAAAGCUGUCAUCAAAUGUAGUGUUAGAGCAAAGGUUGAAGAUGUUAUCAGUUAAAAUACUUAUACAUUUUGGUUUUACACAUUAGAGUUAAUUAAACAAACUUUUUACAAACACUUUCAAAUAAAAGAAUCCUCACCCUCCCAAGCCUCAUUACAUUGUCAUUUUGCUUUCUAACAUAAAUAUUUUUCUUUAGAGAUUUACUGUCGUUCCAAUUGAAGUGUUGCUCAAAUAUUGAUUCAAUACAUUACCUCGGGCUGACCAAUUCAUUUCAUCAAGUUCCUCGAGAUAUUCAUACACUUCCUAGUAUAACUGUAAACUUCCUGUUGAAUAGUUUGAAUGCACCAAUCACCUUUGUUGUUUGUGCAACUAACCAAUCAUAAAUAAAAAGGAAGUGACCAGAAAUGAUCAAAUACUUGGAAUUGGCUCUUUCACAGGAAGUGUAUGAAUAUCUCGAGGAACUUGAUCAAAUGAAUUGGUCAGCCCGAGGUAAUGUAUUGAAUCAAUAUUUGAGCAACACUUCAAUUGGAACGACAGUAAUAAUACAAGAAUGAAGAAUAAAUGUACUGCAUAUUGGCUGGAUAAUUUUGUCAGAACAACCAACUUGCAAGACAAUCUUACCUAAAUUUAUUAGUAUGGAAAAUAACUUAACAGCUACAAUGAAUAAUCAUAUAUUAUAUGGUGGAUUUGAUCAAUGGCACACAAUGUACAAAACUAAACUUGUGAUACCUUCUACUCAAACCGAUAAUCUCCCACAACACAAUUGUUUUUGUGUGAAUGUGCUGUACGUGUUAAACCGAACAGUGUGGUAUAUCAUUAACUGUGCAAAGAACUGGAAUUUAAUUAUAUACUUCACUCAUGACCUUCAAAACAUUCGCAAUUAUUCAGUGGUCUUCGACAUGUUCACCAAAUAUUUUGUAUAUGUUACUCAAUAGUUAACAUUGGCAAGUGCAAACAACAAGUGACAUAACUUUUGCUUCAUAUGAUUACAAUAAAGUUUUGAAAAUUUGAUGAGUAUGGAUUGAAUUGAUAGGUGACAGUUUACUAAAUAGCCAGCUGUAUAGACACUUUGAAUAUUGUUUGCAUGAAAUUUUUAUUUCCUGACUGCAUAAUUAUCUGUUACAAUCAUAAUCACAUUAUAAAGUUGGUUAAAUUUUCUUGGUGCGGGGGUGGGGUAGCACUUGCCCUGCUGCCCUCCCCGCUGUGUACAGCUCUGUUUUAAAUCUUAUCUGCUAUUAUAAUAAGUGAUGAAAUAUUUCAAUUGUCCCAUAUCACCUUCAUUAUUCAGUUCCUUUCAAGAAAAUACAAAAUGUGAAUCAAGUUUUUUCGCAGAUACAUGUACGCCUUGCGUACCUAUUUUUAUAAAUACCGAUUACUUUAUAUCGAAAUUUUCGAUAUAUUGGAAUAUCGAUAUUUUUCGGUAUUAUUGAUAUUUUCGGUAUCAUCGAUAUCAUGUUUACGUUUUUAUAUUUAAACGUCAUAUCAAGCUUUUUCAAGCACUGAUUGCAGUUAUUUCAGAAGGACAAAGACGAUCAAUGUGCUAACUCCGCGGGAAAAUCCGUAAAUUAAGAUUAGAGGGAGAUCCAAACAUGUUAAAUGUGUUUGUUUAUAUGUUGGCGUUGCAAGAUGUAAUAUGUCAUUUCGCGAUUGCCAAAAAAUGAACGUUUAGAACUUAAACAACGGUGGAUUACAAAUUGGACAUUGUUUAUCUGGUGAGAUAGGACAACCUUUGUUUCGAAUUCGCAGUUGAAUAAAAUGUUUUGAAACAAAUUUCCCGGUCAAUCAAUGCAAAUAUGCGGUAGGUAAUCAAUGCAAAUAAUAUGCAUUUUCAAUUUCUAAAGCGGACAUUUCACAGGCUACUGGUCACUGGCCUCACACUUUAUUGAAAAUAUCACGCACCUGAUGAGUCAAAACUGUUAUAUUGUAGCUGUUUGGCAUCAUUUGAAAACAGAAACUUUUGCAUAAAAUUAACCAAAUUUUGUAUAAAAUGAUAAAAUUCAGGAAAAUACAAGCGCGAAAAAAUAUUGAUAUAUCGGUAUUAUCAAUAUUUUUCCGUUGUUUCCGUUGUUCCAUUGUUCCCAGAUUGCUUAUAAAUACUACUGUAGCUUAUUUUGUAAUUGUAUAUAGUAGGUGUGAUGUAGGAGGUUGAGUCUGGAAUGCAAUAUAGUGUCAUUAAUUUUCAGGUAUUGCAAGUUUUGCUGAUCAACAUGCAUGUACUCAACUCCUUCGUGAUGCUGAAACAUUUGCAAGAAAACAUUUUGUAGAUGUUUUACAAAAUGAGGAAUUCAUGUCAUUGACACCACGUCAGUUAUCUAGACUAAUAGCAGAUGAUGAGUUAAAUGUUCUGUGUGAAGAACGAGUAUUUGAAGCUGUUCUGGCUUGGAUAAAACAUGAUCCUACCAACAGAUGUGUAAGUUUCAUUAUUGAGCACUUCAAUCACGAUAUACUGUAAUAGUGUGUUAGUGUCUUGAUUUCUAUUAGAGACUCAGCUUAGAGAGAACCUGGGCAAAUUAGUGAUCUACUACAGUAUAUCAAGAUGACAUGGGUUCUUAAAAAGGACCCUUGCCUAUGAAGUUUGUAUUUUUGCCCCCCUCUCCCUUAAUUUCUGAAAGCCUUUGAGUUUGAAUGCAGAUAGUAACAAAGCUGGGUAACAAAGCUGUAUCAAUUUUUCAAUUCCCACAAAUAUUUCACGAAGUGUGCUUCACCGAUCGAGAAGUCUGAAGGAUGGUGUGUCUGUAAAUUGCUAAAGAGUAAAUGGGGCUAUAGUUAUAUUCUACAGUAGUCUUUGUUGAUAGAAUUGCUCAUUGUGAUGGGCUGUGUCUAUAUACUGUAGUUCAAUGAGUUGUGGUUCAAUAUAAUAUUAAUACUGUAUGUUUAGGAAUUUGCAAGCGAGGUUCUGAAAGAAGUCAGAUUUUCUCUCUUGUCAAUUGAGUUUCUCUUGGAACGUGUUGGUAUUGAAGACGUGAUUCGUUGUGACAAAGUAUGCGUGUAAGUUGAAUUAUUACAUUGGCCUGAUUACAGUAACAGAGCCAGAUGAUCCGUCUGGACUGAAGAAGACGAAUCGCUAUUUUGAGUAUCUGCGUGUUAAUAAGUGUGGCAUUAUAUUCGAAGUACCAGGAAUCUUUCAUGAAGGAUUUGUUAUUUUGUUCUCACAACCAUUUGUACACAGGGGUUGAAACAAGCGAGUGCAAGGUCGCCAAUUGCGACCAAAUUUUUCAUGGCCCUCGUGACGAGUUACAAAAAAAACCCAUAAAAUAAGUCAUUCUAAGGCCUUGAAAUAUUUCAGUGAUCACGCAUUCCACCCCACAGUAGCUUUGAAUAUUUAAUUUGCCAACAUAUUAAAGAACUGUUUUAUAAACAAUCUACAGUAUAUACAAAGAGAAUACUGCAUAACACAUUGAUGUACAGUGGACGAAUUAUCAAAUUUGGCGACCAGAUCUUAUUCAUGCACUGCAUGAUAUAUCUUAUUCACUUGGGCAACUAAGAAACUAAAAGUUUUAAAACUGUUUCAACCCCUGUUUGCACGCCAGUAUAAAUCCUGCUAUAUUCUAGCUAAAGUAGCUAGUUCAUUCGAAUAGCCCGUCUUGUGUCACAAAUGAUCCGUCAAGUAUAAAUUUGGCCAAUGCAUGGGCGUUCAUUUAGCGUUAUGUUAUCAAAUGCUACACAUAGACUGCAAAUAUUUGGGACUUUUAUUAUCAACUGUGAAAUUAAAAAAAAUUAAACAACCUAAAAGGGCCAUAUAAUUAUUUUUUACAGUGGUUAUUUAUUGAAUGGUCUAAGAACUGGUUUUCUGAACAAGGAUCAAAACACGCGACAACGCAGACCAACGUCAGAUCAUCAAGUGUUAUAUUCUGUGGGAGGAAUGAGUCGAAGAGAAGCGAGUAAAAGUGGCGAGAAAUAUGAUCCAAAAGAAGGAAAAUGGACUCCUAUCUGUAAGUAAAUCGCGGUUUUAAAUUUUAGUUUUUUUGGUAGAUAUGAAUAUUUUUUGUAAUUUCAACCGAAUAGUUCUAUCCAUACGUACAUAAAUUCAAAAAUCUUGUCCCAAUUUUCUUUGACGCUGGCAUUCACAGCGAAAUUAUGCUACACCCCUUUAAUUAACGUGUUCUAAAUUUGCAUGGUUAUUUUACCAUAACUAAGCCAACUAAUCCAUCGUAAAAUAGAGCCCCGUUGUUUGAAAUAUCCCCGCUGCAGUAGCAGAAGGACCAUUUACAUAUUAGAAUGAAGUGGAUAAUUGAUCCCAAUUGAAGUUUCCAUAAAACUGACAAUAUGUACAACAUAGCCUAUUACGCUAUUAUUACCCAAUACGAUUGGAAAUGUACAGUAUAUAUAAUCUGAUAACUGCACAUUAAUCACGAGGACCGCUGGCAACUUUAUAUCUAUUAUUAUAUUUAUCGUUAUCUAUGACUGACUGGUUUGAAUUUUUGGGCCAUUACAACACUGUGAAGCUGAAACAUUUGACAACACUGUGAAGCUACGAUUAGACUUUGCACCAAGUAACAACGACAAAACCGUCAAACAAACAUUAAUUUCCCAUUUUCGUAACUUUAGGUUCAAUGAGUAUCUGUCGUUGGGGAGCAAGCAUGGGUUCAGUUGGUCCAUAUCUCUACAUCUGUGGUGGCAGUGAUGAUACAUCUCGCUUAGAUACAGUAGAACGAUAUGAUCCAUAUAAUGAUGUAUGGGUGCAUUCAGAACCUAUGUCAUCCAGUAGGAAUGGUGUUGGAGUUUGUGGUGGGGAUGGAAGAGUUUAUGCUAUAGGUAAUCUGUUAUUACAUUAUUCACCUAAGGGGAUCUGUAACGAUCAGUACUGAUCAGAAUCUCCUCAUUACUGAGUUUAUCUUCAAAUUAUUCAAAGUACUUCUCUCUGUUUCAAGUAUUUUAUCAUACUCGAGAAAAAAUUAUGAAAAAUACAGAAGAGUGUAUUGAAAAACAAGGUGCUAGCCAUCUUUUUUUAGCAUACUUCGAAGUACAAUCCCUAAUAUAUAAUAUAUACCACUUCAAGUGUAUGAUAUAGUUUCUCGAAAAAAUUACAGUAUUUAUGCACAGAUAAUAUUCUACGUUGGAGUUGACUUUAACUUGCAGACUUACGGCGGUAUCAAGACAACGAUUGUUCCGUAAAGCUCUUAGCCUUGUUUAUUUUCGCUUUAUGAACUUGCCCAUGAGGUAAAACCUCGUGUUCGGGUCACGUACAGUAUUAUCCUGCAUAAUGCUGCAAACUUUCACAUACCUAUCAAGGUACACAGGGACGCCGGAAAGGGGGGGGGCAGGGGGCAUCGCCCCCUUGCCCUUUAGUAAGGGGGGCGAAAGUGCCCGUAGAUAAAAAUGCUAACCCAAAAAAUAUGAGGUACAACGAUUAAAAAGUAUGAAUUAUGGGUGAAAUGGACGUAAUAUUGAAAUAUACGGGAAAUUUUUUUGGAAUAUUGUCAAAAAUUAGGUUAACUUUUCAAAAAAAUUUUGCCCUUGUUUUGGUCCGGAAAAAUGUUUCGGAAACGAAAUAUUAUUAAUAUUAAUUAGUGAUUGCCCUUACAUCAACAUUGCCCCCCUGUGCCCUACCCUCGCUCCGGCGUUCCUGAAGUCUGAAGAUACAGUACAGUAGCGUUUCAAAGGCCGAUUUACACUACACAACUUUUGCCUAAAACUGUCGCAUGCAACCUGCUUACAGUUGUACUACUGUGUAAAUUAAGCACAUGCACAACUCGUCUACGUUGUCGUGGGUGAGUUACGUGCUUGAUUUACACAGUACAGUACAGUACAGUACAGUACAGUACAGUACAGUACAGUACAACUGAAGUUGUAAGCAGGUUGUAUGCGACAGUUUUACGAAAAAGUUGUGUUGUGUAAAUCGGCCUUAAGACUUCAUCAAGUUGAGAACGCUUCAUAUUUCAGGUGGAUUUGAUGGUUCAAUGCCACUGAAUACGGCUGAAUAUUACGAUACACGAGGUCGAUAUGCAAAGUGGAUAAAGAUAUCUCCAAUGAAUCAAUCACGAUUCGGUGUCGGAUGUUGUAUCAUGGAUAGUAAUGUUUAUGCUGUAGGAGGUUCUGAUGGCACGAACCUUAGGACGGUUGAGAAAUACGAUCCUGAUACAAAUACGUGGAAAUUGUUAGCACCAAUGGUAACUGCUAGGUAUGCUAUUACUUUAUCUUGUUUAUUUGUUUGUUUGUUUGUUUCUUACUUUCUACCUACCUACCUUCCUUCGUGUUUUUCGUUCAUUCGUUUUCUCAGAAGUUAAGAAACGACAGCCUUAGGGUAACGUUUCGUCCAUAUUAAAACAGUUAAUUUAAUGGUGAAAUUUAACGUGAUAAAGAAUAUUCCAAUUUAUUCUUCGUUCUAAGCUGUAUAUAAUGUACUGCUUCCUGUACAUGUAUAACGUCGUUUUGACUGUACGGAUGUACUUGAUUGCCUUAAAGAUAAUACUGGCUGGCCAACUUGAUUGUACAGUCGUCAUGCAUAUUUAUAUGAAAGUAUAUAGUUACAGUGUUUUCUAUUAAAUGUGGAUACAAAUCUCUUCUAAGGCCAUUUAAAAUACUCUAUAUUAUUGUCAGAAAUGGAAAUUGUGGAUAGAUACAAAAUUAUCACUAAGCCAUGCACGCGAUUGUCACAGAUCUUGAUAUAUGAAUGCAUUGUAUAUUUCUUGUGUUGUAGGAAACAGGUGGGAGUGACAGCCCUCGGUGGCUAUAUUUACGCUAUUGGUGGAUGUGAUCACUCGACGAGGUUCAGUUCAGUAGAACGUUAUGAUCCUAGUAAAGAUGAAUGGAUUGAAGUAUGUAGUAUGAGUGUUCCUCGCAGUGGCUGUGGUGUGGCUGUACUGGACGGAUUUAUUUAUGCUGUUGGAGGCUAUGACGGAACGUCGUAUCUGAGUUCUGUGGAAAGGUGAGUGAAACGUUUUUGACUAUGACUACAUUACUAAAACGUUUUUGAGUUUGACUCAUUGAUCAGCGGUUUGAUUAUAUGGAAAUAAUCUUAGCAGCGAAGUGGCGGACACUAGGGGGCGACCCGCCCCCUCCCCCCCCCCCCAAAAAAAAAAUUGCCGAAAACACGUGAUUGAUAGCUGAAUAACUGUGUAACAAAGCAUGGUAGGCUCAGGAUGUUAGCUAGCCCAUAUACUGUCCGUUUGACGGACUCUUCCCAAGGGGCUUUCCCAACUGGGUCUACUGGAAGAUUUUCUGAUGAGAAAGUGCAUUUGCAUUUGAUUUUAUAUUAUUAUAUCAAAGAACGUUUUAUUUACUUUUUCCCAUUAACUAUUUUCUCAAAAUGUAUCGCGUUUCAUUCAUAUUGGGUGUGUAUUCACUGACAUGAAAUGUACAAAACAAAGUGUAAUCGGUGUGCAUCCAUGUUCAUUCACCGGAAAUUAAAUAUACAACACGAAGUGCCAUCGGGUGCAUUUUUCAGUGUUCAUUCACCGGAAAUGAAUUGUACAAAACCAAGCUGCCGUUGUUUGCAUCUAAGGAGAAACACGUUGGAAAAAAACACUAUUUAUUCCUACACAAGGACUUUGAUCGGUCAAAAAAACUUUCCCAAUUUACGUUUAACGGACAAAACGUUUUUCUUCUGGCUAACACCCUGAGGCUAUAGAUGAAGCUACACAAAAAAGUGUAAAGAACUACGAUUUCUAGCAACAAAAGGUAGUUAUAUGGUGGCAACCUAACCUUCUCCCGGCCACCCAAUAUUUCACUAACAAGAGCGCCAUCUAUACUAGCAAAUUUCCCUGCUAGUUCGUCUAAUGCUGUAUUGAUACACGUUAUUAUUACACAAUUAUCUGUGCAGACGAACUGACGAAUUUUUAUCAGACGAACAGUCUUUUCCUUGUCCAAGUUCUUCGUAAAGGAUCAUCCGCUUCUAGUAAAGUACGGGUUAUGUUUGCAUUCAGAAGUACUGUAGUUUUGUAAUGUUAAAUAAUAUUUUACUAUUGUAGGUAUGAUCCUUUAUCCAAUAAGUGGUACAAUUCAGCCUCAAUCAGUCAACCACGUGACUGCGUUGCUGUGUGUGUUGGAUCAUUACCACCCAAGAAAGGAUAUCCUAAACGCACGUGAUAAUGCAUGGACCCAUUUUCGUUCAGUGGUGUGUCGUGGUAGUGGAUCGUGCUUACAUGCGCAUGGGGUUUCGUACAAAGACGCCGAGGUUUUAUGGUGACACUAUAACCUGCAGACGACAGUCGCUAUAUGCACCUGCAGCGUUGGAACCGUAUAGUUAUUGAAUCAUGUUUGUUCGUUUUCCGGCCUAUCCAUGUUUGCCAAACGACAUGUGAAAGUUCUUUCACGAAAAAGAAAAAUGAAUGGUUCUGAUAAUGUAAAAUAUAGGUAACAAACUAACAAUAUCAAAUGAAGUAUGCUGUCUUUUACAACAUCUUUUCAUGCUCCGUUUUACAAGCAUUAUUUAUCAAGUUUCGCUACAUAUUAGACUAAAGUUAUGCUAUAUAUGUAACGCAUAGCCAGGGACAAGAAGAGCCGGCCUGGAAGCCAGAGGAAUUUUGAUCAUUCUCGUCCGCCAAUGGCCGAGAAUUGUCAUUCGCUGAAUUUAGGUAUAAACUAAUUUAUUCAAGAUUUAAAAAUAAACCUAUACAUACUAAAAGCCCAUAGCCUUCAUCUUAUCUGCAAGUACUGUACUUACACAGUAGUGUACACUGGUGGAGGGAAGGGAGAGGUGCCUUUAAAAGCAUUUAAUUUAUGGCUGAAUAAAAUCGUUUACGAACAUUGUUCCACAUUUUAGAUCACUUUUGUACACUUUAACCGAAUUUACGAGAAUAUAAUUUAUUCAGGAGAACUCUUGCAUAGUUCUAUAUGCACCAAGUGCACGGUGAUCAAUUUUAUCUGGGCUUUCGGGCAGGCUCUACUUUAUAAAUACUGCUGGCUAAUAAUGACAACUGUUACAGCUCUUACUGGUAAUUAGUAUUUAAUAUAAUAAACAGUUAAAUUGAGUUAAUAGAUUGUAGUGAAACAUGUUUAAUUAGAACAAAGAAAUCAUUCAAGUAUAAUUGCUAAAUAUAUUAAUAUAAAGCGAAAAACCUUUUAUAUAUUAACAAAUGGAAAAGAAAAAUUAAUUUAUUGUAAAUAAAAUGUUUUCCAAUAAUAUACAGUUUUCACAGGAUCCAUGUAUUACCUAAUUACAAAGAUGAAUAAAAUUAUUUAAAUUUUAGUUAAUUGUGAUUCUUUAUACAUGAAAUUCAAUUUCCAUUUCAGAUGUUUAGUUAGCAAUAAAUUGUUCAGGACGCAUGUUCCAAAUUAGAAGAUCUUGUGAUACUAAAAUAUUACCCAUCAUUGAUCCCGCAAUUUCAACGUUGCUGCUAGCUUCGCAGUUAAGGCUGAAACAUUUGUUAUAAUCAGGGCUCGAAACAGGAAAAAACAUAUGGCCUACCAAACUAUUUUUUGCCAGGUCAAAUAAAUUAUGGUCUGCCAUUUCUAUUCUUGAACUGCCAAAAUGGUCUCACUCAGGUAUGAACACAAAGAUUAAAUGUUUUAAAACUUUCUUGCAUAUACUUUCUUCCUCAAAUUCUCCUGUGCCUGUGGAAUUCUUCAGGGGUCAAAUGUAAAAAUUGGGAUUUUUAUGGGUAAAUGCUAUUAACAGGAAUUCUUCAGUGGAUCCCUUUUAUGGCAGGAAUUCUUCAGGGAUAUGCUAAAAUCCUUGUCGUCCAUAGCGGGGGGGGGGGGGGCGUCUUUAAUGAAUUAGAGAGCUCAAUGGCAACUACAAUUCGGUAUUGUUCCCUCAACCAUUGACAUUGUACACCGUUUGGAUAAAUUAAAGUAUGCCACCCUAAGUUACUUUUCCAAAGAACUGCCUCGUUCUUUAAGAACUCAUACUUAUUUUUGCUCAUGAAUGAUCUAGUUCAUGAAUUAAGUGUCGUUAGUACAUAAAAUAGUGUUUAUCCAAAGAACGAGGCAGUUCUUUGGAGAACUAAUUUACGGGGGUCGUAUACUUCAAUUGAUCCCGCCGUUUUAUUUUUGUAGAAUUUCGCCUGCCAUUUAUUUUUUACUUCAAUUUUUUUUUCGCCUGUCCUAGAAUAUCGAGCUCCGGUUACAAUGUACACUAACAUUAAAUCAUACACGAUUUAAUCGAACUGAAAGGAAGUUGGAUUUUUUAUUUUUGUAAGUGAGUUGCUUGGUUCUUUUCGUCAUGCACUUACAUAGAUUGUUUUGGUAAUAUAAAUCAUGAUGUACUAAUAAUAUCUUAAUGAUCAUACGCUUUUCCCCAGCCUAAUGUCUGGUGAGAUAUUUUUCAAGCUAAGUUGAUUAGCUGUACACUGGAGACGUCAGUGCGCAACGAAACAAGUUUCAACAACGUCAAAUACAAACAAUAGUACUAUAAAUAGGUACUUUGGAGGGUUAAUAGAGCUAUCUUUAAUCUGUGAACUUCACUCCAACACUCCU